UAAAGCAUCCAAAGCAAUCACCACCACCACCAACAUCUUCGUUAUAACAUUUUGUAAGAAAAAUAUGAUGGGUUUCUCGAAAGAGUUGGAACGAACUUGGUUAAAUCUUUAUGUGUUUGUUGGGUCUUUAAUGGUUCUUGAGGUAAUUGUGGUGGUAAAGGCACAACUUGUGCCAUCGUUGUUCAUAUUUGGCGAUUCGGUGGUUGAUGUGGGAAACAACAACCAUAUCUACACAAUCGUUAAAGCUAAUUUCCCUCCUUAUGGAAGAGACUUCACAACCCAUACACCCACCGGACGCUUCUGUAAUGGAAAGUUAGCUACUGACUUCACCGCUGAGAAUCUUGGGUUCACAUCAUACCCACAAGCUUAUCUAGACAAAAAGGCAAAAGGCAGAAACCUUUUGAUUGGAGCUAACUUUGCCUCUGCAGCUUCUGGUUAUUACGAUGGCACAGCCAAGCUCUACGUCAGUAUCAUUUUCACCUCAAUUUUAUGUAUUAUUAAUACCUCUGUUUCUGUACUAUUUUUCUCUGAACUGGUUGUUUUUUUUGUCAUGAAGAGUGCAAUAUCAUUACCGCAACAGCUGGAACAUUACAAAGACUACAUAAGCCGAAUCCAAGAAAUCGCCACUUCAAGUAAUGCAAACGCCACUUCCAUAAUCUCAGAUGGCAUUUAUGUCGUCAGCGCAGGGAGCAGUGACUUCAUACAGAACUACUAUAUCAACCCUCUCCUCUACAAAGUUCAGUCACCUGAUGACUUCUCCGAUCUCCUUAUCCUCUCAUACUCCAACUUCAUUCAGAAUUUAUAUUCUUUAGGAGCAAGAAGGAUAGGAGUGACUACACUUCCACCAUUGGGAUGUUUACCAGCGGCCAUAACAGUGGCUGGUCCACACGAGGGUGGAUGCUCAGAGAGUCUCAACAACGACGCAAUCUCCUUCAACAGCAAACUCAAUGCGACGUCGCAGGAUCUUAAGAGAAGCCUCAUUGGACUCAACUUAGUCGUAUUUGAUAUCUAUCAGCCUCUCUAUGAUCUCGCCACAAGGCCAUCCGAAUUUGGAUUUGCAGAGGCAAGACGAGCAUGUUGUGGAACAGGACUACUAGAGACAUCGAUACUGUGUAACCCUAAGUCAGUAGGGACAUGUACUAAUGCAACUGAGUAUGUAUUUUGGGACGGGUUUCAUCCAACAGAAGCUGCUAACAAGAUUCUCUCAGACAAUCUCUUAGUCUCUGGCAUCUCUCUCAUCUCCUAAUGAUCCACCUCUCUCUCUCUCUUUCUCUGCUUUCUUCUCAAUAUCAUUGUUGGUUUUGACUAUGGCUUAAGAUUGUAACUUUCACUAUGUGCUGUUGUUUGUGCCCAUUUGAUUUUCA